AUGAUAGGAGCCGCCAUUGACUACGAAUGGCCCAUACACGUCUCUAUCAUACACGGCAGCCACCGGGCCUGGCCGCCUAGAGAGCUCCUUGUUAACCGACACCCGAUAUACGUUAAAUUCGCUGACUAUGUGAUCAUACCCAGAAGAGGCCUCGACACCGCCGACUCUAUGGCUAACGCCAUACGGCGAAGAAUGCUCCGUCUGAUGCUUGACGUUCCCGGACACGACCCCGUGAUCGAACGUCCGUUGUUGAAGACAUCGGAUUUGAAAAAGAUCAUGGAGCUUGCACAAAGCCGGAGUGAAAUCCGAGAGUCCUUCCUCAAUUGA